AAAGAUGGAGGACAAAGAGAACUGUAUUUAAAGAAGAACGGAGUAAAUAUUUCUUUAAUCUUGGAAGAAAGAGGAAACAGUUCAAUGGGUAAACAGCUGUUUCUCCUGUUUCUUCACAUCACCUGCUCACUUUCUAUCUUUCAUCGAUGGUACACUCCAUACUCUAAGAUAUAUCCGGAACGAGCUGGUCAACCCCUCCAGGAUCGACGCCAUGCUGAGCUGAAGUCAAGAAAAGUAGAAAAAAGAAAUUUUGUUGAAAAAGAACUUGAGGAAAGGAAUCUUGAAGAUUGCAUGACAGUCUCUCACAGCGAAUCUGGUAUAUUUUCAUACUCAUCUUCAUUCCCUUCGGAGGUAUGCGGACUAUACUUAGUCGGCAGACCUAAUCAGAAGAUAGUUGUAACUCUACAGACUGCAGAACUAUCUGGAGAAUGUGAUCAGGAUAUUGUUGUGUUGGUGGAUGGAUGGGAGCUAAACGGACAUGUCGUCCCAAGCGAUCAAGAUCAUAGCCUUCCAAUUUCAGAAAGGUUUGUAGAGGUCUGUCAGAACAGUAAUCAACCUGUUCAGAUAGUUUCAAGCCAGAACGCUGCAAUGGUUCAAUUUAAGAUUUCUAGCCCUGAAAGUAAAUUCACCGUAUCAGUGGAGUAUAUAGAUAACCCUGACCCGUGCAAUGUUCUCAUGUCGGAGAUGACCGGAGUAUUCAAGAUUUCCAACCAAGGAGAGGAACGUAACUGCUCUGUAACCACUCUUCUGUUCCCGGCAAAAGUGAAACUUCUUGAGGUGAACGUAGGAUCUAGAUUUAAGAAGAGGUCUGUUCGAAGGUCAAGACGAGGUUUCAACGGUAUCAUCCCAAGGUGUUCUGAGAUGGGAGAGAAGGAUUUCCUAGAGCUGGGAGGAGCCGAGGAUCUCUCCUCUAAUCUUGAAACUAAAUCAACACUUUGUGGAUUUCAACCAAAACCUUCGAUCAAAGAUCUGACUAUUCUCUGUGGCUCAAGUACUGUUCGUCUUGUAUCCAGUGGCGAAUACAGGAACAGUGUUACUGCUCUUGUCCAAGCUGCUACUGAAGAUGAUCUUGAUAUCACCAAGAAUAUAAUCAUGACCUGUCCAAAGUUUGAACUGUAAACAUGCAAUCCAGUUUCGACAGUUAAAACCGGUUUCUCGAAAAAAACAGUUUUGGUUCCUAGGAAAACCGGUUUUUAAAGUUCGGAAAAGAAUUUGUACAACGGAAAACCUCUGUUUACCCAUGUACAUGACAAAUAACAUUCCUUGUACAGUACUUAUAUUAAAUGUAUUAAUGUGAAAACCAGUUCUGAUAAAUUAAUUAAGAAAAUCCCUGGACCCUGCUGAGCUGAUAGUUUUUAAUCGUUUUCUUGUUAAAUAAAAUAAUUGAAGAAAUGUAAA